UGGGCCCAUUUGCUCUGCUCCUGAAAGUCCUCAAAAUGGGUUCUGAUGUUCGUGACCUCAACACUCUUCUCCCUCCAGUUCCACCGCUGCCCGGUGGAAACGGUAACUGUACUCUUCCAGUGAGCAGCACCCCACAAUGGCCUCCGAUGUUGGACUUUCACACCGGAGCGCCAUACGGCUCGCUGGCCCAGCACUCCUUCAUCAAGCAGGAGCCCAGUUGGGGAACAGCUGACCCUCAUGAAGACCCUCACUGUGGGUUGAGUGCCUUUACCGUGCACUUCUCCGGACAGUUCACUGGCACAGGGGCCUGCAGGUACGGAGCCUUCGGGGCCCCUGCAGCAAGCCAACCUCCACCCAGCCAACCAAGGAUGUUCAGCAACAGCCCUUACCUGUCCAACUGCAUGGACAGCCAAUCCAGCUCCAGGAAUCAAGGUUACGGCACGGUUGCUUUUGACGGCGCCUCAAACUAUGGCCACACGCCUUCACACCACACCCCGCAGUUCCCCAACCACUCCUUCAAACACGAGGACUCAAUCACACAGCAGAGCAACAUGGGGGAUCAGCAGUAUCCCGUUCCUCCUCCAGUGUAUGGCUGUCACACUCCUUCUGACAGUUGCACAGGAAGUCAAGCUCUGCUGCUGAGAAACCCAUACAACAGCAGCGAUAAUUUAUAUCAAAUGGCGUCACAGUUGGAGUGCAUGGGGUGGAAUCCUGUCAACUCUCUGGCGUCCACUAUAAAGAGCCAUCCAGGAGGUUAUGAGAGCGACCCCAGCACACCCAUGGUCUACAGCUGCAGCACUCAGUACCGUAUUCACACCCAUGGCGUCUUCAGAGGCCUUCAGGAUGUGCGGAGAGUACCGGGCAUCACUCCUGCCAUUGUGCGUUCAACCGAGACCAACGAAAAAAGGCCAUUCAUGUGCGCCUACCCUGGCUGCAACAAAAGAUAUUUUAAACUGUCGCACUUACAGAUGCACAGCCGUAAACACACAGGGGAGAAACCCUAUCAGUGUGACUUCACAGACUGUGGUCGCAGGUUCUCCAGAUCAGACCAGCUAAAACGACACCAGAGAAGACACACAGGCGUUAAGCCAUUCCAGUGUGAAACCUGUCAGAGAAAGUUUUCACGUUCAGACCACCUUAAGACCCACACCCGGACACAUACAGGUAAAACAAGUGAGAAGCCCUUCAACUGCAGAUGGCCAAACUGUCAGAAGAAGUUUGCCAGGUCAGAUGAGCUCGUCCGGCACCACAACAUGCACCAGAGGAAUCUGACCAAACUCCAGCUAACCAUCUGAACCCUUGUCCCAAACACAGAAACGGCAGGAAAUAAUCUUGUUUUCCUUUAAGCGUUCAGGUCUUGGAGUUACAACACAAGACAAAGCUACUCUUUAUCUGCAUGUGCAGCGCCACCUAGAGGAACAAGCUCCAAACCUGGCCAUGAAACACCAUUACUGUGGUGCCAAUAAACAACUGUGUUUCCAGUGAGAAAACAUUAUGUCCUUAAGGCAAGACACUGCAGGUCGAUUGAUUACAUUAAAAAUUCAAAUGGUUUUUUUUAUAUCUUAAGUUUUCUAAAAUGUAAUGUUAAGAUAUGUAAACGAAGUAUUAUUUAAUUAAAUAUGUGCUCAUUUGCAUAUGCUUCUACACAGUAUGUUUGGUAAAGUUUUUUUAAAAGUAGUAUAUUACAAUCUUGAGUCACUUUUUUUUUUUUACAAAAAAGUAACUAAAUGUGUUAUUAUAUACAUAUAACUUGGUUAUUUU